UGUAUACUGUCCCCUUGUGUUGUGCACUGUCCCCUUGUGUUGUGCACUGUCCCCUUGUGUUGUACACUGUCCCCCUGUGCUGAGCACUGUCCCCUUAUGUUGUGCACUGUCCCCUUGUGUUGUCCUAUGUCCCCUUGUGCUGUACAUUGUCCCCUUGUCCCUUGUAUUGUACACUGCCCCAUAGUGUUGUGCACUGUCCCCUUGUGUUGUACACUGUCCCAUUGUGCUGAGCACUGUCCUUUUAGGUUGUGCACUGCCCCCUUGUGUUGUGCACUGUCCCCUUGUGCUGUACACUGUCCCUCUGUGCUGAGCACUUGUUGUAUACUGUCCCCUUGUGUUGUGCACUGUCCCCUUGUGUUGUGCACUGUCCCCUUGUGUUGUACACUGUCCCCCUGUGCUGAGCACUGUCCCCUUAUGUUGUGCACUGUCCCCUUCACUAGCCCUUGUAUUGUACACUGCCCCAUUGUGUUGUGCACUGUCCCCUUGUGUUGUACACUGUCCCAUUGUGCUGAGCACUGUCCUUUUAGGUUGUGCACUGCCCCCUUGUGUUGUGCACUGUCCCCUUGUGCUGUACACUGUCCCUCUGUGCUGAGCACUGUCCCCUUGUGUUGUGCACUGUCCCCUUGUGCUAAGCACUGGCCCUUUGUAUUGUACACUGUCCCAUUGUGUUGUGCACUGUCCCUUUGUUUUGUGCACUGUCCCGUGUGC